GACAUCCGGUUUGCGUGUCAGGCCUGCUGGCGCAAAGGCAGCCAUGGUGCGGUUCAAGCAUAGGUACCUGCUCUGCGAACUGGUGUCUGACGACCCGCGCUGCCGCCUGAGUCUGGAGGACCGAGUGCUGAGCGGCCUCGUACGGGACACGAUCGCCCGGGUGCACGGGACUUUCGGCGCGGCCGCCUGCUCGAUCGGUUUUGCAGUUCGAUACCUCAAUGCCUAUACCGGAAUAGUGCUACUUCGAUGCCGAAAAGAAUUCUACCAGCUUGUGUGGUCAGCUCUUCCCUUCAUCACAUACUUGGAGAUCAAAGGACACCGUUACCCUUGUUUUUUCAACACAUUACAUGUGGGAGGUACAAUUAGAACAUGUCAGAAGUUCCUGAUUCAGUACAACAGGAGACAGCUGUUGAUCUUGUUGCAGAACUGCACUGAUGAAGGAGAGCGAGAAGCUAUCCAGAAGUCUGUAAUGAGAAGCGGCUUACUAGAGGAGGAAUCAGGUGAGGAGGAGGAGCUUUCAGAUAGCGGUGGUGAGGAGGCUGCUGAAGCAAUGGAGUGAACUUCUGCGUACCACACAGCAGGCUGCAGUGUGCCCAAGCCUCAGGCCCACUUGGAACAGGACAUUCUGAGAGGCAGGAGGAUCUUCUACAGUUCUCCAAACUGGAUGACCACCAACAAAUUACCAACUUGAAAUGGAGGACUGACUUAAAACAAACCGAAAUCACCUUUACCUGGUGUUCCCUGUUGAAGUGGCUCUACAGGUUGUGAAUGCUCUGUAGUUAUAGACAUCUUUGUAUCUAAUUGCUUGGAUGAGAAUAGGUUUAAUAAAUAUAUUUAUCUUCUUUA